AUGAUUCUGGUCAUGAUGAGGAGCUUCCUGACCAUGCAUGGAGGGUGGACCCAGCGUUUUAUAGAGGGAAAUGAUGUGGUCUCACCAGAUGAACCAACUAUGGCAGGACAUACAAGUGUGAACAUAAACGAGUCAGUCUCAAAUAUAUUGAUAACCACCAGCAAGACAGACUUGGUUGAGUUCAACAGUUCUGUCACUCUUGUCUGCUCUGCCUCUGGAUCUCCCACCUCUUUUCUCUGGUUGAACGGCAGCUCUGAGGUUACAGCAAGUGACAGAGUUCACUUCACUGAUGGAGGCUCCAAUCUGACUAUAAUCAAUGUGACCCGGUUUGACCAGGGGCCGUUCAGAUGUGUUGUGUCCAAUAUUCUCAGUAAUGGCACCAGUGAUCCACUGAAGCUCUCCAUCAGCUAUGGUCCUCAAAAUAUAAAAUUGAGAGUAAAUCCAUCAAAGGAAUAUUAUAAAGUAGGGUCAGACAUCUUCUUCAGUUGCAAAGCUGAUUCCAAACCUCCUGCAAGGUAUCACUGGCUUGUGAAUGGAGCCCUGGGGUUUACAGGUGGAAUAGGUUUUGGUGUGAUUGAUGCUCGUACGAGUCAGAGUGGAAACUACAGCUGUCAGGCCUUUAACAGCAGAACUCUGAGAUAUGAAACAUCUGAGCCUUUAUCCAUCACUAUAGUGGCUAUAGACCCAGUGGAAUCAUCAGGAUGUCUCAUCAGCGGAAUAGUAAUCGCAUGUUGUGUCAUCGUUGCUGCAGCUGUUGGUGGCGGCUACUACAUCUACAAGAGAAACUCCCUAAAGUACUUUUGGAGAAAAAUUCUCGGGAACCAAAUGAACUUCUCCAAGAACUUCUCCAUCAUCCUGAUCAUAGAGCCUCAAGGUGCUGAACUUCAACUGGACAGCAGUGCAUUGUGA